UAUUUUAAUCUAAAUUCUACAUGUCCGAAACAAAGCAUUUUAGAUUCGGGAUAAGCAAAUAAACAGCAGCCAUCAAUGUACGGUACUUUGCUGUAUUCUCGUUCUCUCCGCUAGGUGGCAGUGACAGCUACUAAUGUGACAUUAGCUACUAAUCGGUGAAGAAGAACCCGAAAGAGCGUAGAAGAAGAAUGAAAGGCCAGGUUGCUGUAUACUUCACAGUGAUGUGAUUGGAAGUGCUCUUUUUUCAGAAAUGAGCCACCAAACACCGCUCGUGUUUUCCAGCAAGGCGCAAUUCCGUGUCCACACAGACUCACACUGAGCUGUCUUCACCGAGACCAUGGUCGAUAACCGCUACGCUACAGCUCUGGUCAUCGGCUCCGUGCUAAGCUUGCUGGCGGCUGUCUACCUCUCCGUGGCCGUGGGGACCCAGCACUGGUACCAAUACUGCAGCCCAGCAGGCGGACAUGACAGUACUAACGCCACCACGCUGAGAGAUGACUUUAUCAAUGGCGAGUUUGAUGAGAAGACCUCCAGCGAGACCUUGUACCACCUCAACGGCACCCUGGGACUGUGGUGGAGGUGCAUCCUGGUGCCCAGCCAGUCCCACUGGUUCAAGGAGCCAGAUCCCAAGUUAGAGCUGCAGUGUGUGAGCUUCACUCUUCCCCAGCAGUUUUUGCCCAAGUACAAACACCCUGGAAACCACAAUAGUGAAGAGGAUCUGCUUAGGACAUAUUUGUGGAGGUGCCAGUUUCUCCUGCCUCUGGUGUCUCUGGCCUUGGUGUUCCUCAGCAGCCUUGUAGGUGUCUGCGCUUGCCUGUGCCGCAGUUUCAAGCCCACUGUGGUUGUAGGAGUGCUGCAUCUUCUUGCAGCUCUGUGCUCUCUUGGUGGCGUCUGCUGCUUCAGGGCCAGCGUGGAUCUUCUCCAUCAGUAUGCCAUACCUCCCGAGGGGGUGGAGUCCUCAAUGGGCUGGUCCCUCUACCUCGCCCUCAUCUCCUUCCCUCUGCAGAUGAUGGCGGCCGCUUUGUUCCUCUGGGCGGCUCGCAGUCACCGCAAGAACUACACACGCAUGGUCGCUUACAGAGUGGCCUAAAAAGGACAAUAGUCCUUUUUAAAAAUACAAUUCUAUGGCGUCUCAGGGCAUCUGAAGUCCAUUUGUAGCCAAUCAUAAAUGCUGUUAAUGGCUGUUAUCCAACAUCCAUUUGUGGUGUCUCUUCUGUACUUUUAUUGCUUCUUUGCAGCCUUUCCUCUUAUAAUGCAUGCUAUUAAUGUUGAAUUAUUUAUUACUGGUGUUGCUGUGGAGAUUGCCUUCUUUUCGGUUGCCAUCCAUUUUGCUCUUAACUCUACUGAAGCUUCUGAAUUGCACCUGCAACUUUAGCUUUUUCACCCCAAAGUGUCAUUAUCCAUAACAUGCAUGCAUUUUUUUUAUAACUCUAAUCUGUGGUGAAUUGUCAUCACUUCAAAUGUACACUCGUACCUGUAUUUAAAAUACUUCAUAUAUCUAAUGUCAGUGAUUAAAACUGAUGAGCAUCCGUAUGCUCCUGCCAUUUGUCCCUUUUUGUAAAACCACUAGUAAUGUAUAGCAGUCCUGGCUGGUGUCACGUCUGUACAAGCCUUUUCAUUAAAAGAGGCUGACAUUUUGUAUAGUAAAAAAAAAAAGGUUCAACCUGUUUGUGUGAAAAUGUACUGUAAAUUCAAAAAUAAUUUGUUUGACAUAAUUUGACAGCUAAAUAUGUCAACAUCCGCUCUGUUUUAUAGUUUAUUCUGAAGCACAUUUUUUUCGGCACAAAUAAAUGGGACUUUUGCUGAAUUGUGCAGUUUGUUUCCUGCUUGGAAAACAUAUCAAAUCAUGUCAUUCUCAGCCAUAGGGUAAUAAAAUUUUAAUCAUUAACAUUCAUUUUCAAUGAAAACAUUCAAGUUCCAUAAACAUCAGAGUAACUGCUAAAUUCAAAAUAAUAAAAUAAUCUGCAUUGUG